AUGAACAGUGAGAAGAUAGAAAUUAAUUUAUCAUGUGUAGAUAUUGCCACAUUUAAGAAGCUUGAAAAGCUUAUUAAAGAAAAACUUCCUGGUGUUAUUUAUAAUAAUAUCGCAGAUUAUCAAACAAGUCCCAAUCAAUCAAAACUAUUACAAGAGAAUACUAUUAAAUCAAUGAUUGCAGCUUCCAAAAACCGUGCUCUAAGCUAUCAAAGAUCUCUGCAAAUGAAAAAAAUCAAUGAACAAAGAAAAAUACAAGAUGGAACUGCAGACGAAUUAGAACAAGAAGCAGAAAAGGCAGAUCUUGAAACUCUCAAUGACAAUGAAGAUGAUUCUGAUGAUCAAGAUGAAGAUGAAACAAAUGGUGAUGAAUCCUUGAGUUUAAGCGAAAUAUUAUUAGAUGAUUAUACCCCAUUAUUUAAGUACCCUCCGUUUGCAGAUAAAUUAACGUGUGUUAUCAUUAAUAACAUGUUAUAUAAUUUAAAUUUUCCAAACUCAAAGAGCCGACGAUACUAUGCGGAGACACUUCAAUUUGCCUUUAUGUUGUAUUGCCAACAACCCUCAGAAUAUUUGUUGGCAAGACAGAAACUUAU